GCCAUAGAGCCUCCUACCGGAAGUUCGCCCUCGGCGGUUUGUCCCUUUCCCCGCGGUUCUCCGGGAGCUCCUCCGGGGCUGUCGCGGGGUCCCUAAGCGGGUCGCGGGAUCAUGGCCCUCAACAAGUCCAUGCACGCCCGCAACAGGUACAAGGACAAGCCGCCCGACUUCGCCUCCCUGGCCGCCAAGUACCCGGAGUUCCAGCGGCACGUGCAGGUCAGCUUGUCCGGGAGAGUCAGUGUGAACUUCAAGGAUCCUGAAGCGGUGAGAGCCCUGACGUGCACCCUGCUCAAAGAAGACUUCGGACUACAGAUUGACAUUCCCCUGGAGAGGCUGAUCCCAACGGUUCCCUUGAGGCUCAACUAUAUCCACUGGGUGGAAGAUCUGAUGGCUAUGCAGGAUUCUGCUGGGAAAGGUUCGGUCGUAUGGGGGAUAGAUAUAGGAACUGGCGCGUCUUGCAUUUAUCCGUUACUUGGAGCAACUUUGAAUGGGUGGCACUUCAUUGCCACAGAAGUGGACGACGUGUGUUUCAGCUAUGCCAAAAAAAACGUGGAGCAGAACAAUUUGUCUGAUCUCAUCAAAGUGGUCAAAGUGCCACAAAAGACACUCCUGUUGGAUGCUCUGGAACAAGAGUCUGAAGUUAUCUAUGACUUCUGCAUGUGCAACCCUCCCUUUUUCGCCAACCAACUGGAAGCAAAGGGAGUCAAUUCCCGCAACCCCAGAAGACCUCCUCCCAGCUCGGUCAACACAGGAGGAAUCACCGAGAUCAUGGCUGAAGGGGGAGAACUUGAAUUUGUCAAGAGGAUCAUCCACGACAGCCUGCAGCUGAAGAAAAGGCUCAGGUGGUACAGUUGUAUGUUGGGAAAGAAAUGCAGCUUGGCACCCCUGAAAGAGGAGCUUCGAGUCCACGGAGUUUCCAAAGUUACCCACACAGAAUUCUGCCAAGGGCGCACGAUGAGGUGGGCGCUGGCGUGGAGCUUCUAUGAAAAUGUCAAAGUGCCGUCACCCCCUUCCAAGAAAAGAAAACUUGAAAAAGCCCGGAAGCCGAUUACUUUCCUAGUUUUGGCAUCAACAAUGAAAGAAUUAGUCACUAAAGCUUCGUCCGCGGGACUAGAUGCUUCUGAAGGGACGAAAGCAGUUGCGGCAUGGAUUAAAAAAAUUCUCAGUGAUCUCAAGGUUCAGCACAAAAGCAUCCCUUGCGGAAAAGACGAAGUCAGCCUGUUUCUAACCGCUUUGGAAAACUCCUGGAUUCAUUUAAGGAGGAAGAAAAGAGAACGGGUCAGACAGCUGCGUGAACUUCCUCGAGCUUCCGUAGAUUUCCUGCUUGUCCCGGAAGAGAAAGAGAACCCCCAGAAAAUUGCUAGUGAAACCAUAGAGUGUGAAGAAACCGAGGCUGGAAAUACUGAAGGAGGCUCCCUAGAACUUGAAUCCUUAGAGGGUGAUAGUCUAAGUAAUUCCACUCCUGUUAAGGAGGGUGAUAGCCAAGCAGGUACCGAGGAAAGCGGCCACGCAGGACAGCCAGCGGUUGACGUAGCAGGCUCCAAAGAAUCUAAUGACUCAAAGGCCAAAGCUUUUGGCCUGGCUAGCCAAGCUGCUGAAAUUGGGCAGCGUUCCAGCCUCUCGAACGAAUGGUUCCUUUUCAAGUGCGUCUUGAACGUGAAAAGAGAAGGGGAAGAUUCCUUGGUGGAAAUGCAUUGGGUCGAAGGACAAAACAGGGAUUUGAUGAACCAGUUAUGCACCUACUUAAAGAACCAGAUCUUUCGACUGGUUGCGACUUGAGUGUUUCCGUUAAGGGAGCAAAAGAAAUGACAUUGGUCUUAUUUUUGUAAUCCUGCUUUAGUGUCAAUACGUUUAAUGACAUCUGUGCUGACUAUUUUUAAGCUUCCCUUUUAAAGUGUGAAAUCUGGGGACUCUCUAAUGGCACAAGUAGAAGCUUAGAUUGAUUAAAGUAGAGAGCUACCAAGCGGCAUUGAAAAA